UCGAACAAUAAAUGAAACUUUAUCUAACUUUUUUCCCUCCGUCUUGCAACUGCUGGAUAGAGUUAGCCCGGCCCAUCUGGUGCAGCAAAUGGCCCAACUCACCAGGGAGCACGGGGAGUGAGAGAGGGGGGUUGUGGGGGGUUCGGAUUGAAAACAGAUCAGCAGCCUGAAGAUCUCAACACCACCGCAUGUCUCUGCAACAACUGUCGAGUGAAACCCCCGCUUUUAGUUCCAAACUUUUACGCAGCAGACUUUACGCACGAGAGAGAGAAAAACAAAUCUGUUUUACGCAUCAUGUUAGUUUGCUGAAAAGCGCGCAAAGCAGCACUCCACACGCUAUAGAGCGCAACCUCUCUGGAGAAGAUGGAUUGUAAGAAAAAGUUCGACUCGACUUGACUCUCUCUCCGGGACUAGAGGAGCUUUGGUAAUGCUGGUAGUGCGAACUUUGAGCGUCUCCAAACUUUUUUGUUUUUUCGGUUCAUGGAGUUUCGCGUAAAGUCCGGAGAGGCUUGUUUGCGCGUUUUGCGUUCAAUGGUGGUGCCAGCUCAGUCCUCCUAGUUUACGGGAAUCAGACUCCAGGCAAAGUUUUCCUCGGGACAAAAAAAAAAAAAGAGUGAGCGGAAGAGAGAGAGCCUCGGCUUUGGGAGUGAAAAAGAGACGGCAGCGGAAGGUUGUGACGGAACUUAAAGAGCAGCAUGGAGACUUCAGCUCCAACAGCCACUGAGAAGAAGGAGUGUAAGGGUUCAGGUCUGGAUGGAAGCAGCUUCUCAGAAAUCCCAAAGAAGCCCUCGCCCACCACUCUGACCAGAGGUACCCACCACCUCUUCCCCACGUUUCAUACGCCCAUCCCGAUCGACAUGAGACACCAUGAGGGGCGAUACCAUUAUGAGCCACACCCACUCCACGCCAUGCAUGGGAAUCAACAUGGGAGUGGACAAAUAUGCGGCUUUAUGCAAAUACCUCCAGGACUGACGGGCAGUCCGGUAAUCUCAGAUAUCUCCCUGAUCCGUCUAUCUCCCCACGGGGCGCCCGGGUCGGGUGAGUCACCGUUCAGCCAUCCACAUCCUUACGUCAGCCCCCACAUGGAGCACUACCUGCGCUCGGUACACGGCAGCCCCACCCUCUCCAUGAUCUCAGCAGCCCGAGGACUGAGCCCGGCUGAAGUGACCCACGAACACCUGAAGGAACGCGCCCUGUUCAGUCUCCCCCCUCCUCCGCCGGGGGCCAACCCCACAGAGUACUACCACCUGAUGGCCAGUGCGAGCCAGCGGAGCCCCUACGGUGACCUGCUGAUGCAGAGCAGCGCAGCAGCAGCGGCGGCGGCGGCGGCAGCAGCAGCGGCGGCAGCAGCUCAUCUACCAGAUUACAUCAGCCCCGUGGAUGUAUCACGUUUCUCCAGUCCACGGCUGACACCCCGACUGAGCAGGAAGAGGGCGCUGUCUAUCUCCCCGCUGUCAGACGCCAGCAUUGACCUGCAGACCAUGAUCCGCACCUCACCCAACUCCCUGGUGGCCUACAUCAACAACUCCCGCUCAAGCUCGGCCGCCAGCAGCUCCUACGGCCACCUUUCAGUCGGAGGGAUCAGCCCCUCGUUCAGCUUCCCUCAUCCCAUCAACCCUGUGGCGUACCAGCAGCUGUUGUCCCAGCAGAGGAGUCUCAACGCCUUCGGCCACACACCUCCUCUCAUUCAACAGUCGCCGUCCUCCUUCUCUGCUCGCCAACACCCCCUCACUGUCUCACCGAUGUCCACCUCCCACAACAGCUCCAACCAUGAAACAAACCAGAAUGCCAGUGGAGACCCUGCAGUGAGUAGCACAGUCAACCCAUUGACCACCAAGAGGUCAAAGGUUAAGACGGAAGCAGAAGGUCCGCUGCCCAUUUCACCAUCUUCUCAGGACCACUGUGGGGGGAUCUUGGACCUGAGUGAGGAUCUGGAUAAAGACGAGUGCAAACAGGAGCCAGAGGCCGUAUACGAGACCAACUGCCACUGGGAGGGCUGCACCAAGGAGUACGACACCCAGGAACAACUCGUCCACCACAUCAACAACGACCACAUCCACGGCGAGAAGAAGGAGUUUGUGUGUCGCUGGGAGGAGUGUUCACGGGAGCAGAAGCCCUUCAAGGCUCAGUACAUGCUGGUGGUCCACAUGAGGCGUCACACAGGGGAGAAGCCGCAUAAAUGCACAUUCGAGGGCUGCGCAAAAGCUUACUCCCGCCUGGAGAACCUCAAGACCCACCUCAGGUCCCACACCGGGGAGAAGCCCUAUGUGUGUGAACAUGAAGGCUGCAACAAGGCCUUCUCCAACGCCUCUGACCGGGCAAAGCACCAGAACCGCACACACUCUAACGAGAAACCAUACGUGUGUAAGAUCCCGGGCUGUACCAAGCGCUACACGGACCCCAGCUCUCUCAGGAAGCAUGUCAAGACGGUCCACGGACCCGAAGCCCACGUCACCAAGAAACAAAGAAACGACGUACCUCCGAGACUGCAGCCACCCAAAGGCAACGGGGAGAACGAGGCGAAUUCCAAGCUCGGCGCGAGAGGCGUGGACGGCAAGAUUGAGGCCAACAGCACCUCCAGAGGAGUGGAAGACUGCCUACAAGUCAAAUCUAUCAAGACCGAGAACUCUAUGACGUAUCAGUCCAGUCCUGGUGGCCACUCGUCAUGUAGCAGUGAGCCGUCGCCUCUCAGCAGCGCCAACAACAACGACAGUGGAGUAGAGAUGGCCUUGCACAGCGGGGGCAGCUUCGGGGACCUCAGCGCGCAGGAUGACUGCCCCAUGGUUGACUCCACUGUUCCCGCUGGGGGACAGCAGGCUGGGGUGGGGCUUCAGUUGAGGAAAGCUGUGGGACAUGGUGGCGGGGUCACCAUCAAGCUGGAGAACAUCAAGAAGGAAAGGCUGAAGUCAGUGAGGGACUCCUGCCAUUGGGGCAAUUCUGCCCCACAACCGCCGCAGGGCCAACGCAUCAACAUGAAGCUGCCUCCCAUACCUGCAGUCGGUUCCUUGCUGGAGAACUCCAACAUGAUGAACAACUUAAGCGGUUCAUACCCUGGCCAACACAUGGGUGACCUGUCAUGUGAAGUAACGCUGCUGAACCAGCUGAACGAGCGCCGCGACAGCACCACCAGCACCCUCAGCUCAGCUUACACUAUGAGUCGGCGCUCCUCCGGUAUUUCACCCUGCUAUUCCAGCCGCCGCUCCAGUGAGGCGUCCCAGUUUGGUGGGAACCGCCACAAUAACAUCAGUUCGGCUGACUCCUAUGACCCAAUCUCCACCGAUCUGUCUCGCCGCUCCAGCGAGGCCAGCCAGUGUGGAGGUGGCGGUGGCGGCGGAGGAGGUCUCCCAAGCAUCCUUAGUCUGACGCCGGCUCAACAUUAUCGACUUAAGGCAAAAUACGCUGCUGCCAUUGGUGGAGCUCCACCGACUCCUCUCCCCAACAUGGAUCGAAUGAGCCUGCGGACCCGCAUGGCGCUCUACAGUGACUCCCAGGAAGGCUCGUCGCACCCGUUCCAUCAGCCACCCUCUGGAGCGGUGCCUCGGCGAUGUAGUGAUAUUGGGUAUGGCACGCGGAGCAUGAUGCCCCAUGAGGUACCCGCUAGCCUUCCACGUCGUGCCAGUGAUCCGGUGCGUCGUCCCACCCUGGACCCUCUCUCCUUUCCAAGGGUUCAGCGCUAUAACAGCAUGAAUAGCAUGAACCCCAUGAAUGUUCCAUCAGCUGAACGCCACCAGGCACUGGCUAUGCAGGGCUACACUCGCUCUGAUGGCAGCCUGCAACGCUACCCAUUCGCCCCCAGACCGCCUAGCAUUUCUGAGAAUGUAGCCAUGGAGAACAUGGCAGUAGAUGGGAUGAUGAUUGGGGGGGAGCAGAGUGGGGAGGAGGACAUGGUGCUUCCAGAUGAUGUGGUGCAUUACCUUAGGACCCAGAAUUCUGGCCCCUCAGGUCACAACUCGGGGCAAGUGGACUACCGUUCCAACAAUCAGACUCAGGGCUACCAGACAAGCAUGGCCCCACCAGCAUCGUUUUAUGCGCAGAGGAGGAUGGCCAUGGUGGAUGCCACCAUGACUGGUCAGGACAUGCAAUCCUGCCAGAUGGGUCCCGUUGGCUCCCAUCAGCAAUUCUCAGCACCAUCGAACAAUAUGAAGAAGAAUAACAUGCCGGUGCAGUGGAACGAGGUGAGCUCAGGGACUGUGGACGCCACAGCCAAGCUCUCCAAACAACAACAGCAUCCUGUGCGGGGGAACCUAGCUGUCGUUCAGCAGAGGCACAAUUUUGGUUCCUUCCAGGGACAAGGUCAGGGCCUAGGCAGCAACCAGCAGGUAUUGCCUAUGAGUCAGAAUAUGUCUAUGCAGGGGUAUGCGAACCACAACAGCCAGAGGCUGAUGAACAUCUCCCACCAGCAGCAGCAGCAGCAGCAGAGGCAAUGCAACAGUGUGAACUUUAGUGAGCAAAUGAGUCCCCAGCAAGGCUUUGGCCAAGAGGCAAUCCCCAAUUCGAUAUCUGGGAGCACUAGCGUGAGACCUACCCGGAACAAUAUGGCAGUUCCAGAACUGCAAAGUUGCAGAGCAAGGACACAGGCUGAUGGGUAUGCUCAUGUGAACCAAGUGGAUCAGCAGCAAAAUUACAGCGUUCAGCAGCAGCAGCAGCAGCAGCAGCACAAUAUCCAUAAUGGAGGCAGAGGAAUGUUACAACCCAGACCUCCCAUAGAGCCCAAGUCCCUUGCCAGACAACAAACAGGGUCUAGCAUGAUGCAACCGAGCCGAAUACCCAAGCCAUCUGAUUUCAGCCCCAGUCGUGGUACUGACACCUCAGAGGCGAGCCCAAAGAGGCCCAGUGGCUCAGCAGCCCACAACGGCAACUCUGAAAAUCCAGACUCUGCUGUGCUAUACACAGGUCAGAUUCACAUGUUUGAGCCUCCUUCUGUCAGCUUUGAUGCCCCCAUGUCCCCCAAUGCCAGCCAGGCUCCUGCCAGCAACACCACUGCUGCAGCCAACAUGGCCUCGCCAGGAGUCAACCACGUCUCCAGCAGUACGGUGGAUUCUUCCACCGGCAGAUCCGGCAGCACGGAGCAUGCCCAGAUCGACUUUGACACCAUGCUAGAUGACGGGGACCACUCCAGCCUGAUGUCAGGUACCCUGAGUCCCGGCCUUCUGCAGAGCCUCUCCCAGAAUUCCUCACGUCUCACUACCCCCCGCAACUCCGUCACCCUCGCAUCUGUACCGGCAGGGAUCGGCAACAUGGCCAUCGGCGACAUGAACUCCAUGCUCACAGCCUUGGCCGAAGAAAGCAAAUUCCUCAACAUGAUAAGCUGAGAGCAAUCAAAACACCUCAUCAUCCAUCCAGUCUGAACCAUUUCUACAUCAGGAAUAUAUGGACCACACAAAGCACUGAUUGAACAAUGCAAAACUGGCUGUUUCAUACAUUUCUUUCGUCAUUGUCCAUAGUAAUAUGCUUAUCUUGUAAUAUUUGCUUCAGAUUAUAAUAUGUUACAUUAAAAAAUAAUAGUAAGUAUAGCUAGGGUUAAGGACAAUUUCUAUCAUUAUUUGUUAAUAAGCCAUACAUUUUACCUACAAAUAUAUGAUAGCCCAGGGUAUAUAAAUGCACCUACAAACAAUUGCCAUUCAGUAUUUGCUGGUGUAAUAGCCCUUUUACAAAGUGGUGCACUGAAAACUGUUCACAUACAUGUGGUACCUUGCUGAGGACAUCAACAUUGAGCAUCGGAGUUACCAGGAAAUUGACAUGUAGAUAACAGAUCAUAUUUUCUCAUGAAGACUUUUAUGUGUAUAGAUUAUACUGUAUGGUACUUGCUAUAGAUUGUUGAUGUUUAAACUAGGGCUGUCAAAGGUAUAGUAACAUAUGGACACCUACUAUUAAUUCAUAAAGGAAUAAUGAAUACUUUUUUUUUUAAUGAAAUCAGUUACAAUUUUGUUUUUUGCUUUGUGCUAACCACGUGGAUUGCAACAAAAAAAAGAUAUUCUCACAAGGCUAAGCUGUAAUACUCUAUUCAUGGCUCAGAAGGACAUACUGUACAUGGCAAUGUAUGUCAUUUUUAGGCAGUUAAAUUAUCACAGAAUUACAGUUUGUUUAGCUUGUCACUUCACCGCCAAACAUGCACGUGCUUAAAGCACCGAGGUGACAGUAAGUGCCCAUAAACAAGCCAUGCAUGUGGAAAUUGUUUGCACUUAAUUCAACUAUCUUGCAGCAUAAAAAAUAAGCAAAGAAGUGACCUCAUAGGAACAUGUCUUGUGCACAACCUGUCUUUGUAUUGCUGAAAAUUUGGAAUAACAUUCUUCGUGAAAUUCAGUGUGCGAGCAGAAAUGUGUGACUGAUUGCAAUUCACAAAAUUAAGCAUUUGACGGCCCUAGUUUAAACACGUGGUUGUACAACAUUAUGAUCCACAGAGAUUAAGUGCUUUUUGAUCAUGGUCUGAGCUCUCGGGGAUGGCUCAGUGAAAUCAGAUUUCCUUCUUCGCCCUCUGGAUCAGAGGAAUUAACUCUCCAUGGUCCCAUCUCACAAGGGUAAAUGAUUGAAAAGGACAAGGAUAUGCCUCUGUGUUAGUCUAUCAGGGCACAUGAACCCCUGUGUCUGACGAGGAGCAUUCUCUAAAAGAAUAUACAAGUACCCCUGUGUGUUCUCAGUAGAGAUCUGAUCCUAAUUAACACAUUUAUACCAACCCCCCCUUCGCUGCACCACAUACUCCCCCUGGGCUCUGGAUGAACUGCAGAGAGUCCAGGAAGGGACACAGACUUUGAUAAUGAAAUCCUGUUUCGGACAGGAUCGGCAAACUAGCCCUGCAAAAUUCCUCAGUUUUAUUAUGUUUGCUGAAUUUCUAAGUAGCCUUUAAAAUGUUUGUGUGUAUGCUACCAUUCACUUUUACUAUGCUCAGUGUGCGUGUGUGUGUGUGUGUGUGUGUGUGUGUGUGUGGGUGUGUGUGUGUGUGUGCAUGAGUGUGUAUAUAGUUUUUGUACAUUUCAAAUAAACUAUCUCCUUUUUUUCUGUUUA